CUAAUAUAUAUUGUUCAUGGCACUCAGGAACAUCAAGAUCUUCAGUGGCACCUCACCCUGAGUGAUAAUGAAGUGUUUCGUGUCAGUUCAUGUUCCCAGUACGAUCACGACUACCUGAACACACCACACACAAUGGACUGGUUCUGCAAGAGUCGGAGACGAUUCCCGCUCUGACAUCAGUGUUGAUGAUGACGUUCUGCAUCCAUUAAAAAAGUUCUCAGGAAGAGCAUUUCGACUAUUCUUGCUCAUGCUAACUUCCCUUUAUCAAUCUGCUUGACCUGAUUUUCUUGAAUUGUGAUCGAAUCUUGAUUUCCCUUAUCCGCCCUAUACCUGUGCCUCGUUUUCGUCCAACAAGUUCCCAAGAUGUCUCAGUACCAGCAAGAAUUCAAACCGCCGGUCUCACAUCAAGAUCCUCCGGGCAGAGAGAGUGAUUUACCAGUCGAGGCCAUUCACGACAAACUCCCGACUCCCAAUGGCAAAUGGCAACCCUACAAGGCAGCGGGAAAGCUGGAAGGAAAGAAAGCGGUGAUCACAGGUGGCGAUAGCGGUAUCGGUCGUGCAAUCGCUAUCCUAUAUGCAAUGGAAGGCGCAGACAGUCUGAUCGCCUAUUUACCUGAAGAGGAGGAAGAUGCCCAAGAAACAAAAUGUGCAGUUGAAAAGCAUGGCAGGAAAUGCGUCCUGGUGAGUGGCGAUCUCAGAAAGCAGGAGAACUGUCAAAAGGUCAUCGAUACUGCAUUGAAAGAGCUCGGUGAAAUAAACAUCUUGGUCAACAAUGCCGGUUAUCAAAUGAUGCAACAGGACAUCACCGAUAUACCAGCCGAACAGUGGAUCAAGACGUUUGACAUCAAUAUUCACCCGAUGUUCUAUCUUUCCAAGGCCGCAGUUCCGCAUAUGAAGAGAGGCGACACAGUGAUCAACUGCGCUUCGAUCAACGCGUACAUUGGCCGGCCAGAUCUUCUGGACUAUACUUCAACCAAAGGGGCGAUCGUUGCAUUCACUCGAGGGCUCGCCAACCAGCAGGUGAGCAAAGGCAUCCGUGUCAACGCUGUAUGCCCUGGCCCAGUCUGGACGCCUUUAAUCCCUUCGACGAUGACAAAGGAGGCUCAAGAGCAAUUCACCUCCCCACUGGGUCGCCCUGCACAACCUGCCGAGAUCGCUACCUCCUUUGUCUUUUUAGCCAGCCCAGACAGCAGCAUGAUGAGCGGGCAGAGCUUACACCCCAAUGGUGGAGUCGUGGUCAACAGCUAGAAAUGGGAAAUAGAUUGUAAUUUAAGAAGUUUUCCAUCCAAAUAUCCAAUGAGCAGACGGAUAAUGAUGAUUGUUCAUAGGCGCCGAACCAGGCCAAGCACCGAGCCAAGUUGGUUGAUCCGCUGGUCAUACUGGUGCUAAAGUAGGGAGCAUUUAAGAUCGCAUGUUUACUUUGAUUUUCUCAUUCUUCAUCCAUCAACCUUCACUUUUCAUGAUUGCCUCCAGAACAUGUUUCCAACCUUUUGACUACCUAGAUGGGUGGCUCGUAUUUGACUAUCCGAAUACGAGCAGCGACAA